UUUCUGAACCAACGGUUGACUGGCAAGCUGUAAAGACGCAAAGGUGUCUGUCUGUCUGUCCAGGGCAUCCAUCCCUCUGCAUCAGGCUCCACAACAUACACACGCCUCGCGUGACGACCCAGGCCACACGCUCACUGCCCUAUCGUUGCACCCAUUCCAUCCAGCCGCCAGCAAACCCCUCGCCACGCCAACAACACCGAUAAAGUGCUCUUUCUGAUCGCCUCACAGUCAAAAAGCACCGACGCUACGCUUCUUAUGUAUCAUCGGAAGGGCGAAAAAUGCACACGACACGCGAUGCGGCCGGACCGGACCGGACCCCACCGCACCGCAUCGCAUACAUAUCAACAUCGACGGCCAGCUCGCUUCUAUGCCGCCUCGGUGGUCAGAAAGUUCGACACGUCCUCCUCAGUCACCUGACAGCGCACAGCAAUGGUAUGAGGAUCGUGCGGCCGCCUGGCCGUCGGCCCCCUCACUGACUGACUCACUUUGUGGUCUUUGUUGAGCUUCUCCCACAUGACGUCCUUGCGCAUCGACUUGCGCAGCUGAAUGCCCAGCGAGGCGGCGUAGCUCAACAAGUCGUCCUUCUUGAUCCUUCUUGCAGCCAACACACACACACACACAGACAGACACACCCCGAUAGACCCGGCAGACACAAGUACCUCUAUCACACUCACCUGAGCCUCUUGGUGCCCCCCACAGUGGUCGCAGCGACCACUGUGGGGGCUGCGCCUGCCGCCGUUGUCUUCUUGCCGGCCAGAAAGUCCUGCAAAAGGCACACCCAGAGAGCAGAUUCACCAGUAUGGCCUGUCUGUCAAUGGCAUGCGACUGACCUUAAUUGUUUUCCACAUGGCCUUGUGGUCGGGGGCCAUCCUCGUUUGCGUCGGCGGCGGGCAGACGUCUGUGGCCGCCAGGAUGGCCUCGCGGAGCUGGUCAGCCCCGCCUGUGGGCAUCACACCGCUGGACACCAGUGAAGCAACCAACACAUACCUACUCACACACACACGCCCAGACAGGCACGGCACACAAGGAUAUGUUGAUAGAAGGCAUGAUCCUCGCCCGUUUCGGUUCCCCACCAGUGGUGCAGGUGUUCCAUCUUGAGGCCCCUCCCAGAAAUCUCGAUCCACUCGGGAGAUGUGGACGGGCCGGAUGGCGGACUGUGCAGCACCAUCUCGGCCACAAGUGUCGGCAGCUGUGGCCAGUGGAGGGCGUGCUCCAGCUCAAUGCAGCUUGCUAUCAGCCAACGGGCGUCCGACAAUGGGAGCUGCAUACAUCGACAGGACAAGCGAGAGUGUUGAGAUGAGCACAUCGAAGGUCGCAUGGACCUUCAUGGCCACCUGGUGGAAGUGCGGGAGUGUGGCGUGCAGGGCCGUCUUGGCCAGAGCGAAGUCCUUGUGGGGCGCGAGGGCGCCCCACUGGUGCAGCGACUGCACAAUCAGCAGAAGAUCCGAGGGGGACAGACCACCCUCCAGCAGAGCCACCAUCCCGUUCGAGUCCCUGAAAAGCAAACCAUAACGAAGGCAUAGAACACCCACACGCGCCGUCCGUCCCCCAUCACCCUCUUUCCUCUGUUGUGUAAAAGCUUACACGUCUCUCUGGUCCACCAGAAGGCUCAGCGCCUUGCCGGCACACGUCUGCAGUGCCGCCCGGUCGGCCUCCCCCCCUCCCACCACCCCACUCAUGGACUCAUCCACUCGAUCCACGCCACGCAGGAAACGCAGCACAUCUGUCAGCGGCACACCAGGCUCAUCCAUGGCCCUUGUGCCGUCCUCUGUGCGGCUGGUCUUGGCGGCGUCCAUGUCGAUGUGUGUGGCGGUGGAGAGCAUGGCGGCCGCUGACUCGAGGGCUCGUGUGCGGAGGGCGGUGGGCGGCAGCGCGCUCGCCGCAUAGAUGCCCAAGAUAUCCCCUACCUCGCCCAGUGUGAACUCGUCGAUGCGCAGCAACAGGUGGCUCCCGGCCAACCUGCACACACCAAUAGACAGACACAGAGAGAGAGGACUCUCGUGUGAUCCGGUCCGUCUGGUUGCCUGUGGGGUUGGUGUAGUUUACCCACCUGAGCACUUUAGCGUCGAAUGUCCGCCACGUUUCUGGUUCGUAGCCGCUGUCCUCAAUCACGUGUGGGAGGCAGUGGGUGAGGCCCUCCACCAACAGCUGAGGCGGCGCAUUGGCGGCCUCGACAGCCAGCUGACAUGACAGACAGACAGACAGACAAACACGAGAGCAAAGGAUUUCGAGCAAUGUGUGUGCUGGUUCGGCUGGUGUGUGGUGUGUGUCAUUACCCUGGCGAGCAGCGUCUGCCUCAUUGUGUAUGAGAGGGUCACUCGGUGCUCGUGGAAGGCUCGCAGCAACAGCGUCACAUUGCCAGCGGAUAUCUUGCACCACCCACAAACCAAUGUCAUACGAACACCAAACACGUGUCACGCACGUGUUAUCGCGAUGUCUGUCUGCCCACCUCAGGAACUCUGUCCUCGAGCAGCUCCUCUAUCAGCCGGAGGUAGACCGCAAACGGCCCCUGUGAAGCCAGUCGACUUGACCCGCCCGGCACCCUCUCGCCAGCCAGGUGCAUCUGAACAUCCCAUCCACACACCGACACGGACAGGGACACGGCCAGGACACCCUCAUGUGUGUGCCCCAAUAGUUGGUUGCUCCCUGGCUGUCCGACCUACCAGUCUGGAGUAGAGGAGUGUGGACCCGAUGAUCUCGUCGGUGGUGUUGGCGGGCGAGGGUGGCGUGCCGAUGGCCUCGUAUACCAGAGGCUUGUAGGCGAUGCCGUGGUGUUGGGCCACUGUGUCCAUGAUCCGCACCACGCGCCACAUGUCGCUCCUCAGACGAUCCCGACGCAGCAACGUGAACUGAAGGGAAGGCCCACAGACAGACAGACAGACAGACACAGAUCUCCUCUUCCUCCCGACUGACUGACUCAUCCCUUUGCCCAUACAUACGUCGAAUAGCUGCAGAAUGUGUUCCUUAUUCCCCAGCCCCGCCUCGCACAGGUCCUCAAUGACGGUCAUGACGCUGUCCCAGUCCAGGUCCACCAGCCGCAUCCUCGCCAUGCACCGCGCCAUGCUCGCCCCCAUCUGCCACACCCUCGCCGCUAUGGCGUCAAUCAGCUCCUCCAGCUCGCCGUCUUCAUCCUCACCAUAUGACUCAGGGGGCACCAGGGGGCGACUGGGGAGAUCCAGGUCGGCCGACAGCUGACGCAGAGUCUGAGGGAGGGAAGACGCGGAGACAGAGAGGUAUGGUGUGUGUCUGUGGGAGUGGUGCCGUGUGUGUGGGCUGCUCCCUCACUCCCUCACUCACCCUGGCGACGUGUUUCAUUUCGUGCAUGUCGUCUUGGUCGAAUUCGGUGGGCAGCAUCUCCAGCAGAUCCAACACAAAAUGAGAAUCCGCCAUGUCUGCACACCACAUCGUGUCCAAGGCAGGGCAUACAUGAGUGUCCUCUCUAGGGAGGGAGUGUCAUACUACCAGCUCUGAUCCAGGCAUCGAUGAUGGAGGUGAGUUCCGACACAGUGGCCCCAUCGACGUCCACAAUCCUGUCACCCACCGCCUCCAAAAAGUACUCGGGGUCCGUCAGCUUCCAACGCACACACGACUGGGACAGAAUGCUCGCUAUCUGAACACACACACACACACACACACACACUGCCCCAUAACAUGAUGGGAUGACACUCCCACACGACCCCUUCCUUCUGUCGUGCUGUCAGACCUCAGCUGAGAAUCGCUCUCGUUGGCUCAUGGUCCUCUCGAGUGUAUCCCACAGCUCCGCCAGCCGCACGUCAGUCUUGAGGUCAUCGCCACUGAGGGCCUCCUCCAGCCUGUCCCGCCGCCGCCGACGGCCGCGGUCGUCACUGUCGGUGGCGUGGUACCGCUUCCUCUCCUCCGACACGAUGUCCAGGUUGAGCAACGUGCUGAUGGCGUACAGCGUGUUGCGCCAGUCAAAUCCCUCCGGCACUUGCUCAAACACCUUGAUCGAGAAACAGGAGAGUAGAGGGGAGGUGUGUGUGUGUGUGUGUGUGUGGCCACCGCCUGAUGCGCCCACCCACCUUGAGGACGUCUUCAGGGACCUCGCACCUCUCGAGCUGCCGCAUGACCAUGCCGAACUUCUGCGUGGCCGCCUCGGCCGCCUCCCUCUCCUCGGUCUUGUGGUCCGGGAAGAGCUCAUCCAUCGUAGCCGCCCGUGAGCCAGGAAUGCUGUCAGCCAGAGGCAGCACCGGCGACUCGGUCGGCCACAGGCGAUCCUCCUCGCCCCACCACCCCUCCUCGGGUGGACCAGAUGGGCCCCUCCGGCCGAUGGGGAAGCCGUCCUGCGCCCCUGCCAUGGUGUCCUCCCAUGACAGCGCCGCUGUGUCUUUGCUGAAAUCUGGCGAGAGCUUCGACACCGCCAGCAGGUGGGCAUCGUCAAACAGAGAGUCCUCCUCAUCCAAAUCUGCAGACACCGACCGCACCCAUUCAAUUCAACACAUGCUUCGUUGGUGGCCUGGCUUGAUUACCAGCCACAAGGUCCUGCCAUCUGCCUCCCGACGUGGCGAAUGGCGGCGAGACCAUCUCCUCGGUCUCCUCGUGGCCCUCUCCCUCGCCGGGCGGACCGGGGCGGCGGGAAGGCAUCCGCAGAUCCAGCCGAUACAAAUCAUCGCCCGGCACCUGGGAAGAGUGUGCAAUCAACGCGCUUGGCCGCCGCAUCCGUCUCGCGGCCAAUGGUCGAGGGUGUAGGAAGGAGGGCAAAGACAGUGAGUGGGGCGAGAGGCGGAGGGAUGACGACAGAUGGGACGCUGACGAUGCUGCUGCAGCGAGGAGCAUGAUGCACAGCUGCUGCAGGGCUGUUUGAUGAGUCAUUGAUCUGGCUGUGAAGCAACGCUGGCCUUGUCAGGCGGUCUUCUCGGCUUCAUGAUUCACUGCACCCUGGACUGCUGCUUCGUCUGCCCGCUUCAAGUUGGCUAGCGU